AUACGUAGAAACCCAGCUUGCACUAUCUAUUAUCUUCAUCAUAUAUGUAAUUUCUUAGCUGAUCUGACGUGUUUUCGUUCUAAACUGCUGCUACGUGCGUACCCUUCAGAUAUCUACAAAUACAGAAAACUAUGGAGUUUGACUUGGCAUCCAAGUCUGCCCAGAAGAUAUUCGAGGGAGAUGGUGGAUCAUACUAUAGUUGGUCUAGUUCUGAAUUUCCUGUGCUUCGUGAGAGCAAGGUUGGUGCUGGGAAGCUUGUUCUACAGCCACGCGGCUUUGCUCUUCCCCACCAUGCAGAUUCUUCCAAAGUCGGUUAUGUCCUCCAAGGUAGUGAUGGAGUGGUUGGGUUUGUAUUCCCAAAUACAGAAGAGGAGGUAGUCCUGAAACUAAAGAAAGGAGAUGUCAUCCCUGUCCCAAAGGGAGCACUCUCAUGGUGGUUCAACGAUGGCGAUUCCGAGCUAGAUAUUGUAUUCAUUGGCGAAACUAUUGAGGCUCACAUUCCUGGCGAAUUCACCUACUUAUUUUUUAGCGGUGCCCAAGGAAUCAUGGGAGGUUUUUCACAGGAUUUUAUAAGUAGAGCUUAUAUUACCAGUGCAGAAGAUGCAAACAAGCUCGCGAAAAGCCAAACCGGGGUGCUGAUAAUUAAGCUGGAGGAAGGAAAAACAAUGCCUAAGCCACACGAAGACACCAAUACCAGAAAACUGGUGUAUAACAUCGAUGCUGCUUUGCCUGACAUUGUCGUCAAAAAUGGUGGACGAGUUACGACAUUGACAGAGGCCAAGUUUCCUUUCCUCGGAAAGGUUGAGGGGCUGAGUUGCAGUCGCGUUAAACUCGAUCCUGAAGCAAUGCAUGCGCCGACAUAUACGGCUCAAUCUGCAGUAGAAGUAAUCUUUGUAGUUAAGGGUUCUGGAAAGAUUCAAGUUGUGGGCAUUAAUGGGAAGCGCGUCUUGGACACUGAAGUAAAGCCUGGUUACUUGCUUGUCGUGCCCAGAUUCUUCGCUGUUGCCAAACUCGCAGGCGAAGAUGGAUUGGAGUUUUUCUCUUUGGUCACAGCUAAGAGGCCUGUUUUGGAAGAGUUGGCUGGUAAGACAUCUGUGUGGGAUGCUUUAUCUCCUGCGGUCAUAGAAGCCUCCCUCAAUGUUUCUGCAGAAUUUGGGCAAAUUUUCAGGUCGAAAUUAGGAAAGACAGCAAUCAUCGUACCUCCACCACGGAAUUAGAUCAUCGAUCAAUGCCAUUAUUUAAAGACAAUACGUUUAUUAUAUAUUUAAGUAGAUCGAUCGACCAUUUAUAAUAUUGUUGUAUUGAAAUUGAAUAAACGUAUGCCAUGGAUCAAUAAAUUGAGAAGUUAUAUAUGUUAAGAU